AUGGAUUUUUUCUUCGAAGACCUCACGUUGCCUUCCGCCUCACGGUCCUCUAAGAACGGACAUGAAGAGCCACAAAUGACCGCCGGCCAUCGUCUCACACUGGAGACCGACGAGUCAAUACAUAUGACAGGAGACACCGACCCAUCAAGAGGGAUGUCCUCCAGCAUGACUGAGAGUCAAGAGCAGCACAGCAGCUCAAGUAUAGAUGACAUCAGCAGGAGAGCUCAGGAACUAGUGGAAAAGAUAAAUGACAGCCGCACCACUGACCAGAAAGUGUUGGACAGCUUCCAGGAGAAGUUAGUGGAAAAGGUGACAGAGAUGUGUCAGCAGAUGAAGGAUCACAUGUACACAAUAUAUGAAGAGAACAGCAAUGAGAUGCAGGUGAAGCUGCAGGAGUUGUCCGAGGUGCUAGAAAGCUGCACUAAGCUGAACAGUGAGCUCGCAGAGGCCAGCCAGGCGCUGGCAAGUCUCAGAGGGCCUGGCCAUCAGCAAGACAUCAGAACUCUGAUAAACUAG